AAAGGAGACAAAAAAGAUUCUAGAAAGAGAMAAUAAAUCACAGYCUGACAACAAUGAUGAUGAUUCGGAUCAUCUUAUCGGAUUGUACCGGCUGCUUUUGGARUGGUCCGUGUCCUAUSAGACACCGCUUCCAUUCCAGCGAGCGAUCCAAGCGAAUCUGAAGAUGCUUGGGAUGACGUCGUCAGUGUUUCAAUCGGCAACUGAUGGGAUCACUGAAGCCAAAAAUCCAACUGGUGACAACAAGGCAACUAAAAUCUGCARGGACGUGAUGGCAUCGAUAUGGAACACACCCGAAAAGUGGCAAGAUCCGAUGCAUUCGCUGGAUGUUUCAGUCAAUUACGCUCCACUAAGGGAGAUAUUACAAAGGGAUGACACACUAUUCUUGAAUGCUCUAUCAUUUCUCGCUCGGUCUGAGACGGUAUCCACGGUUUUGGAAAAGUCCUCAUCCUCAUCGMCGUCUCGAGUGAUAGACGAUUCGCUGCGCAUUGUCAAUAUGCUGAAGAUUCUACUCGGCGGUAUGGGGAAUAAUGAACCGACGACGACAACAACAAAUUCCAUUAUGACACUCUUUGAAACUUUUGAAACCUUCGUUUUUGCGCUCUUGACCAACCCUAAUCUUCCGAGCGACGGAUUCAAUACGCUGGGAAUAUUGUACGGGAAGCUUCUCUUUUCCAGUAUUGAUUCCGAGGCGGAAGUGAUCCAGAUAUGCACAUCCACGGUUUCUGCAUUGGAUUCAGACACACAGAAAUUCCAAGGGCUUUCACCUCUGGCUCGAUUGUCGAUGGUACAAGGUAUGGCCGCCACAUUGGAUGCAGGUGUGUUGACAAUGGCCAGUAACGAUAAAGGUGCCUCCGCCCUAGAAGUUUGCUGGGAAUACUCCCUCCGAGUUGGUCAAACAUCGACAGAUCCGUUGGUACGAUGGGCUUCGAUCAAGGGACUUUCCACAUUAGCUAGCCGGUGGAAGCAACACCAAACUAAAACUAUUGACUUACAGAAAGAGACAGACCAGGAACAGCAAACGGAAUUCCAACGCGCAGAUUUGAUUGAAAAGACGCUCGACCUCGUCUUUGACUCCUGGGAAAACCCUCCUUUGCGAAAGUUAGGAACGGCCAUUCCUGGCCUCUUUAGGGCUUUAGUUCAGCUUGUGCCAAAACGCGAUCUAAGAGGGCUGUGCCAACAGGCUUUACAACAGCCAGCCAGCCGAAAAGGUCGUUACUUGGCGCUCGAAAUAUUGCUGCCUCAUAUGCCUAUUACAACCUCAAGCACGGAGACUAYAGAUCCUUCAUCGGCAAUGGCCAUACCCAUGGAAUCGCUUCUUGAAGGAAUCGGUGAUCGGGGUUCCAAUGCGGGAUCUAUUGCGAAUCUGUGGAUCAAGGUAUUGAAACGCGCAUGGGAAGAAAUUUCGUCCRAAACCUCUGCAAUAGAAGGGGUCGACAGCAACAGCGAAUCUUCUACCGAGAUCUGGAGAGAGUACUGGAUGCCUUCAUUUUGCCGAACAAUCCUCGAUCCGAGUCUAACCCGUCGAAAACAAGUUGUGGCGUUUUGUUUACCUCGCAUUGCGGAUUUGAUGAAGGAAUUCGAUGAUUUGAAAGACAAGCUGCCAGAAAUUUUCAUCGGGUUGCUCAAGGGGAUCGAUGGCUAUUCAGAGGAAAUGUCUAAUCGCAACAUGGAGACACUGGAUGAUGGUUUUGCUGAUCGUGUCCUCUGGGCUGAAUUAGAGAUUGUCAGGUAUUCUUCAGUGAUGAAAGUUUCGAGUGAAAGGUUGAAUAGAGUCAUAGCGAGCUGUCUCGAAAAGGAGAAGUUUCGAUUUGCUUUGAUUCAUUCUCUACCCUUUAUUCGCAUCGUUGCAUUCAGAGCAAUGAAAUGUGUCGUUUCAUCCUACGGAUGCACUAAUGCAAUCCCAGAGGAAGUGGCAAUGUGGCGAUAUGCACUCCCGUAUUCGAUAAAAACAAACGAAAGCAAGGAAUAUCUAUCGAACUUUCUUCAGUGUCUCGUCAAUUUUCUAGAUCGCUUAUCUGCGUGGGAAGCCACAGCCAAUGAUGGCGAUUCAUCAAAAUGCGGUUUGCAACCGAUUUUCCAUGCUUUUGUGAUCGAGUUUCUAAUUGAUGAUGUAAUUCUCGAUAAGGGUUGCUAUCCUGGCACAAUUGCGGAUAAGGAGGUAUUUGCAGUGUCCCUUCUAGAUUGCCUACUUGCAUUUGCGCUUCAAGAUGAAACUUUCAGUGGAGAGAAUACAACGAUGAAGAAAAAUGCAGUUUUCAAUCGAAAAAGACUACCAAACGARGAUGCUACCAUGGACGAUAUACUGAGAGCAUUAGUGAGGCGAGAUGUGUUGUCAUCUUUGUUCGGACUAUUGCAUUCAAUUUGGGACGGUACGCGUUCUGUGACUUUCAAGUACUUGGAAAAAUUAGUGGUCGCUAGUCAAUCGAAAAACGUGGCUCUCGCAAAAGAAUUCAGUGACAAAAACGAGAGAAAGUCCAUUCUCGCUCGAGGUAUCUAUCUUGCAUCUUCCCCUCGUCAAAGGGAAUCCGAUACCGGAGCUCGCAUGCUUGGGUUUUUGUAUGCUUCCACGAAAGUAAGGACCGAAAAACAUUCCUUUCUGGAAAAARUUGUCAGCUUGUCCAUGGAUCGUGUUUCGUCGAUGAGAAGUACGCUCAAUGAUAUCCUGGUUGGAAAGUCGGCAUCGUCGGAUGGUUCUUGCCUGCCCCUUGCCCACGGWUUGGUUCACGCYACUCGCCUGUGUAUCGAGCAUGACGAAUUCGAGAGAAGAUUGCUAUCGAUGACUGCAAGUGAAACGAAUGUCAACCUGAAUGAAUCCAUGAUAGAAGUGUUUUGCAAAGCACUUCAGCUUUCGCUAUCUGUUGUCGCAGACGUACGAGAAGGGGAAACGGUUGAGGGCAUAGACGAGGAAGCACUUUUCGGCACGAAUAGUGGGCAAGAAACAGACUCGACACCGCUCAAUGUCAACACSGGGGCGAUUGGUGCAAACGGAACUUUUUCUUCGGUUUCUACUGCAGACAUGGAAGAAGCAAGAGCGCGUCUUGCUAUGCAGAGAGUAGUGGUACGUUUGCCUUGCCCUCACCAAAUCUAGCAUUUURAAAAUCUCUUUUGGACAUUCUCACACCUGUUCUCAAAUUGUUUGUCUUAAAAACAUAGGUCGGAAGCUGGCUAUUGACAAAGGAGACGUGUGCCGCAAUAGCCUCCGUAAUCACAACGGAAGGGUAUACAGCUUCGYACCAUCUCGUGUCCAAGGUAGGGCAGCUUYUGCUGAGCACGCUGACAACCCUGAAGCACGCAGGCGCGGCGUUUGCUGCCCGAGAUGCGCUCCAACAAAUCGCCACAAGUUGUCUCAAGCCAAACCAUCCGUCGGACGUUCGGUCCCUUCCCAGCGUCUGGUCGYACCGUCUCAUUGACGAGAUUUCACUGAACGAAAAAGUUCGAAAUUCCACUCUUCGAAGAAGCACUGGGUAUGCACUGGGAUUUCUUGCCAUCAUGAGGGCUGAUGUUAGCAAUAAAUCCGAUUCGUCUGUCUUGUCUACCCCUUUGUUGAAGCAGCUUUUGAUGCUCUCUUUGCCACCCGAACAGAGAAUCGACGAAGCCUUUGCAAAACUGAACAUGGCCGAACAGCAAGCUGAUCGAAGCAAAAUGUUUGUUUAUGCCUCGACCACGGAURGCAACCGGCACUAUGUACCGGACGAUCAAUACGAGGUGAGUUACGUUGUGUUAUCCAUCGUGUCGUCUUUUCGGCCAUGGUUCGAAAKUUUUUUAACUAACGAUGCCGUCUCMAAAACUCGUUUGUCUAGGCCCGAUGCCGGGUUCACGCACUGAACGUYCUCAGGAUGAUCAUACUGGACGCACCCCUGGCAUCCGUGAUCGGCCCGUUUGUUGGAGAUGCCAUCAUCUCGGCGAUUCUUGGAUACGACGACCCGUCGUGGGCCAUCCGAAAUUCUUCCACAAUGGUCUUUGCGGCCGCAAUGCUGCGGGUCGUGGACUCGGACAAGAACGCCUCGAACAGCGACAAGACCUCGAGCAACGCAAUCACGCUGGCGGAAUUGCUCCGGCGCUACCCCCCGCUCGCCACGUUCAUUCCUUCCGUUCUCCGGACCUGCCUGGAAGAGAUGGAGGGCAGGGGAACCGUCAAGUCCGAGAUGUUUCCACUCCUGUUGAUGCUGUCGAGGGUGCAACCGGUCGUUGGCUCCGGCACCAAGGCAUCGGACGGCUUCGUUCCGCUUCUCUUCAGGUGCGUCGGGAGCAAGGACCACGGGAUUCGGCACGCGGCCGCACGAUCCGUCGCAAACCUGAGCUCCGGAGCCACCGGCACUGCCCUCCUGUCGGACUGCAAGCGGCGGGUGAAGGAGCUCUCGGGCGACCAAACCCCCGAUUGGAACCUUCUGGACGGGGUUUUGUUGGUGAUGGAGUCUCUGGGCCUGUCCUCCGAACGGGAGCUYCUCGAUGCCGAAACGCAGGGGAAUCUSUUUGGCAUUGUGGAUUCGAUGCGAGUCCCUCCGCCKUGCCGGUCCACCGCCCUGGCAAUCCUGCUCGCRUCGCCCUUUGCCGACACCGACGCCACGAUCUCGGCCUGCGAGAAAAUUUCCCGGGACGAGAGCAUGCAAGGCUCGAUCGGAGGAAGUCUCCUGUACAAGACGGCGUCCGAGGGACUCUGCCGGUUCUACCAAAGCCAUUUGUGGGAGGCCGCGGGCGAAUCCGGUCUCGAKCGGUGCCUGUCGAAGCUGGAAGCCGUCUUYGUCAGCGACAUCAUUGACGUGCGGCUCCACGCCGUKAAGGUCUUCAAGAAGGGCAUCUACGACRGCCUCGACCGGCUGUCGGCCMCGAACAAAACGGGGCAAAGCCCGCUGUCCGGGGCGUCGGCCACCCUCAACGGGCUGGCGAAGAUGCUGCUGGACUGCGCUGCGUCCGAGCUCGGCCGCGGCAUGGCGGAAGCCACCGGGUCCCACGUCCCGACCCUCCGGCGGCUCUCCCGGUGUUUCCUGGAAACCGUCGGGUCCGCCCMRGGGGGAGCCCUUCCGUCGCUGGACCACGGGCUCCUCUGGUCGGUCUCCCGCGAGAUCACGGAKCGAGAGUCCUCCUUCCUGGCCGCUGCGGAAGACACCGGCUGCCUCGAGUCCAACGGCGGAAACCUGCUGUCGGGCAACGCGGUGGAGAUGAUGUCCGUCUCGAUUUCCCUCGGGCGGGCUUCGGGGGCCUUGCGCACGUGCGAGACCUGCGAGCGGACCAGGAUCCUGGAGGGGGUGGUAMGAGGCCUGAACGAUCCCAGCGGCUCCUGGAGRUCGAGGCACAGCGCGGCGCUGGCACUGAAAACCUGCUGCGAGGCGCUGUCGGGCCCYGGGUUCGGGGAAAGCGACGUCCCCGGCCUCGAAGCCCUGCGGAGAAGCCUGAGGGGGACCCUCCUGGAAUUCCUCCAGGAUUCCGAUCCCGACGUCCGGGCCGUAGCGGUCCGGGCCGCCGCGGGGUUUGCCGGCGUUGGCGUUGGCGUUGGCGUCGGUCCUUCGGCUGCUGCUGCUGCUUCGCCGCCUCCCGCCCACCACCUCCUGCUCCCCGAGUGGACGCUCGAGCGGGCCUUUCCCUCGGCCUUUUGCCCCYGCGGGGAUCUCGUGGAAGACAAGCGGUCCGCGGCGGGGGUCCUGCUGGGGAUGGUCCUCGGCCACUGCGGGGGCCUCUCGGGGGCGGUGGGGGACGCCMUGGACGAGUUYCGCCACACCGACCGGCUCUGGGAGGCCAAUGGCGAYGCCRAUGGCGAYGCCRAUGGCUGGGAGGCCUUCCGGACGGGCCUGGUCAACGCCAACACCACCCGAAAGAUCUUCGAGGACGAGGACCCGAACCCGUACAGGGAACGGAUCCUGUGGGACCAGCUCGCGGUCCGGUCCCUCCUSGRYCUGGCCRCCCCUCCCGGCGGUGGCGGCCUCUUGCUCGGGAACCCCGCGAAGGACGUCCUGGAGCGGUGCGGUUCCGUCCUUUCCGUCCUGGCCGGGAGCGAGGCCGGCGCCGGCCUUUUCCACGAGCCCACGCGGGUUCCGUCCGUCUUUCCCGCCCUCCACGGACUCCUCUGUGCGAGCGCCGCCUGCCUGUGCCUGGAGGGGUCCGGGAAUCCGGAAUCCCCMMCGACCGAGGGGCCCUKRRAARRGGUCCGGGCCUCCGCCGCGAAGCUCGCCGCCAUGGACGGGGGCCGCCGGUGCCUGCAGCCGGACGUCGCCACGGCCCUGAACGUCCUCGGCCAAUCCCGGCCCAUCCGAUCCGAAGACGUCGGGAGCCUCUUGUUCCUCCUGAAACACGCCGAGAACUGAUCGGAUCGGAUCGGAUCGGAUCGGAUCGGAUCGGAUCGGAUCGGAUCGGAUCGGAUCGGAUCGGAUCGGAUCGGAUCGGAUCGGAUCGGAUCGGAUCGAAUCAAGGGCUCUGGGUGCCAACCAUUAACCA